UUCGUCAUUUUGCACCACAAUGGACCAUCAAAUGACUCAGGAUGGGGAAACUGGGUCUUCUCUCCACCUGGUUCCCAGUCCUCAAAGUGAAGCAGUUGCCCAUGAUUUUGAGGAGCUGUCAUUGCAGUCAGUCCAGCAAUUGCCCCCUCUUAAAGAACGGAAAAAUGUGCUGCAGUUGCGUCUGCAACAAAGGCGAACAAGAGAACAACUUGUAGACCAGGGCAUCAUGCCACCUUUAAAAAGCCCGGCUGCAUUUCAUGAACAGAUCAAAAGUUUGGAAAGAGCCAGGACUGAAAAUUUCCUGAAGCACAAGAUUCGAAGCCGGCCAGAUAGAUCUGAGUUAGUAAGGAUGCACAUUUUAGAAGAGACACAUGCAGAGCCAUCCCUGCAGGCAACUCAAAUGAAAUUGAAGAGAGCACGACUGGCAGAUGAUCUCAAUGAAAAGAUAGCUCAGAGACCCGGGCCACUGGAAUUGAUUGAAAAGAACAUACUCCCGGUUGAUUCAAGUCUCAAGGAAGCCAUUAAAGGUCAAAAUAACGAGCCAGAAAACACAGAUGCUUUUUCAUUUGAUGAGGACAGUAGUGACGCUUUAUCACCAGAGCAACCAGCGAGCCAAGAAUCUCAGGGGUCUGCUGCUUCUCCUGGAGAGGUCAAACUUAGCGAGUCAGUUUCUCCCAUAUCCAACACAAAAAUUCUGAGCCCUCCAAUUAACUCAGUUGUGCCCGAGUAUUUUAAACCUGUUCCAACUGCUGAGCCUGUUACAAGGCCUACUGUACCCAAUGCAAUUGUGAAACCUGGACCAGCACUGGUAAAGCAAAGCCAACCGAAGAAUGCAAAUGAUAAACCUCGCAGUAAGAAGUCAAAAGAACCCAAACCACGGGUGAAGAAGCUGAAAUAUCACCAGUAUAUUCCACCUGACCAGAAAGGAGAGAAAAAUGAACCAGAGAUGGAUUCCAACUAUGCACGUCUGCUACAGCAACAGCAGCUCUUCCUUCAGCUUCAGAUCCUGAGCCAGCAACAGCAACACUACAAUUACCAGACAAUCCUACCUGCACCGCUUAAGUCCUUGAAUGACAAACCAAACAAUGGAAACACUGCAACCAACAAUGUGAACAACAACACUGUUGCAAUCCAGAAUACAAUGAGCAGACAAAACGGUGUCCAGUUUAAAAAGGCAGGACCCCUGCCCUCUAACCUGGAUGACAUGAAGGUUGCAGAACUUAAAAUGGAAUUGAAGCUGAGAGGCCUUCCAGUAUCUGGCACAAAAACAGAACUUAUUGAACGUUUAAAGCCAUACCAAGAUUUAAAUAAUAAUGGUGUAAAUGCAAACAAUGCCACAGCAGUCGCCACCACAGCAACCAAUGCUUCUGCAGGUUGUGGUGCCAUAGAAGAUGCUACAGCAAUAUUUACUGCAGCCACAUUUAGUAGUUCUGCUCAAAACAUGAAUAUAGAGACCGUCUCAUCUACAAAUGGAAGCAGCCAAGCAUCCUGUGAUGCUGUGAACUCCCCAUUACCCAUGUCUCCUGCCCCUUCUGAACAAUCCAACUUUAGCACUGAAGACACUAACAUGACAGAUACUUUUGCUGAGAUUAUGACCAUGAUGUCACCUUCUCAGUUUAUGAAUGCUUCACCCAUUAAAGUUGGUAUUAAUGAAGACAGCAUUGGGGCAACCAGUGUUAGCACUACAAGCAUGGACUUAGAUGCUGCAGAAAAGGACCGCAAGCUUCAAGAGAAAGAAAAACAGAUUGAGGAGCUUAAAAGGAAGCUGGAACAGGAGCAGAAGCUUGUUGAAGUUUUGAAGAUGCAGCUUGAAGUAGAGAAACGCGGCCAGCAACAGCCAUGUUCUAACAUUUUAGUAAAUGUGGAUCAGAAGCAUUUCACUGCUAAUAUUAAGGAGGAGAACUCUAUGUCUGACUGCCAGAAUUCUGCUCCGGCUAUUCUGAGUGGCCAUUUGAUAGGGCAGUCUACAGGUGGCCAGAGUAUUAUUGCCAACAAUGCUGUUGUCAUCAAACAUGAAGUUUCCAAUCCUGAACAUCAGAACAUUAUCCAGCAAUUCUAUGUGACUUCUCAAAGACCCCCACAAACUGUUGUAGCUCAGUCUCAAGCCCUGUUAACCACUCCAACGGCUCAGAUUUUACUUCCUGUCUCUAUCAAAACUACCAAUGCAAUGCAGCUGUCAGUAGUUCAGCCACAACCAGCAAGCACAGCUCAGCCUCCAGUUCUUACUACAACUGCUGCAGCACUGGGCCAAGCACCUUCAUCUCAAAAACCACCGGCACCAGCAGCACAAGAGACGUUCACAACACAUGCGGUGAACAAGAACCCGCAAACAAGAAAGGUUUGUGCUCCGACAACAUCGAACAAUGUCUUUUCUUAUCCGAAAAAUCAACAGAAUCCAGUUACCACAGUCCCACCAUCAUUUAACAACAGUGUGUCAACUACAUCCCAGCAGACAAGAUCACAGCAGGCUGCUCCAGUGCAGAAUGGUCCCUCAACAGUUCAUGAGUCCAAUUCUACUUCCCCAUCCCAGCAGUACAUUGUUCGGCAUUCUGUGUUCAACAACUCCAGUGCAAAAUCAAAAGACCCUCCACGCUAUGAAGAGGCCAUAAAACAGGUAAUGAAUGCACACAGCCAACAGAUGGAUGACCUUUUUGAUAUUCUCAUUAAAAGUGGAGAGAUUUCCCCUCUUGUGAAAGAAGAGCCUUCACCAAUAUCAAAGAUGCGACCUGUUACGGCCAAUGUAACCACCAUGCCAGUAAACACAGUGGUAUCAAGGCCACCACCACAGAUACAUGUAGCACCUCCUCUGUCUUUGGAGCCUACAAACAGCCUCUCUAUUAGCCUAGAAAGUCAGCUGGAGGCAUUCUUAGAUGGCACUCUGCCAUCAGGAACUAACAUUCCUCACCUGGAUAGUCAUAGUGAUGGCAGAGAUACAUUUUCUCUAAUAGAUGACCUGAACAAUGAUCUCCUUCAGCACCACAGCAUACUGGACCAUGAUUCAACACCCAUGGAGACCACAGACACAGCAUUCACUGCAAACAGCUGUUUGUCUCUAGACCUCCAAGAUACAAACCUGGACAACAUGGAGUGGCUGGACAUUACCAUGCCCAAUUCAGCCUCUUCUCUUACUCCCUUGAGCUCAACUAUCCCAAGUAUGUUCUCCACUGACUUUUUGGAUACGAAUGACUUGCAAUUGCAAUGGGAAUAAUUUUCUUCUGUAGCUCUCAGAAUUGGAUUUUACUUUUAAAAAACAUGGGCUGGAAAUAUGGAUGUAGUUGUAUAAAUUACACAAACAGAACAGAAAUCUACAGUCUUUAACAUCACUGGAUACCCAAAUAUGAGUGUAAUGCCCCACUAGAGAGGGUAGCGAUGUUUAAAAAGAAAAAAAGUGACCAGGUAAACAGUAAUUGUAGGUCAGAUAUUCAGAUUGGAUCCAGAGGGAUUCGUGCAUUUGAAAAAUUAUAUAUAUAUAUUACCUUUGCAACGAUGAGUGGAUCAUUUGUACAGAAAUGUAGGAAUUAAGUUUUUUGUUUUAAAUAAAUAACUGCACUUGACUGUUCCUGUGAACAGGCUGAGCCAAUAGGAAUACAUGGCAAAGCGCUGGCUGGUUCAGGGUUCUUAUGAUAAAAAUGUUUGCGGAGUUGAAGCACGCAUACCAUAAUGUGUGACUUGGCUUUAUAAAUCUCUUGGACAAUGUAACCUUAGUGAUAUAUUUUACAAAUCGUUUUUUUAGGGAGGAAAAGAAACUACAAAAGUCCACAAUUUUAGAAACUGUUGAAAUGAAACUUGUAAAAUUAAAAGAUAACAUGGCAGUAACUGUAAUUCAAUUGCUCAGAAAUGUAGAAUUCAUAAGUGAUUGAGCACUACAUUUUACAGCUGUUUGUUGAAUGAAAUCUCACUGGUUCUGUUGAUGUUUGCUUUACUUUUUAUUUCAUUGUUGUUGGUUUUUUUUGUUAACGUUUCAUAACAAAGGGAUUUUUAUGGCCACCACUCCGAAACA